GCAACCUUCGAAAGGCCGCGCGUCGCAACGACCUCUUUUUGUGUUCUUGUUUUUUCUUUUCUAAUUGAGUGUCGGCGCAGGUCGGACCUUUCAGCGAGGAAAAACCGGUGUAGCGUGAUUCGGGCUUCGGUCUUUCACAGAUAAGUUAUUAACAUCCUCUAAAGAAAGAAAAAACGGGGCUGCUUAAGGUAAGCAGAUCGGUGCCCGUAUUCUCUUUUGUUUUUCUUCUUUUCAUCAGCUUGUGACGCUUCCUUGUUCGGUUUGCGGUGUAUUUUGGAUAGUGCUGCUGCUGCUGCUGCUGCGUCAACACCGAGCCGCAUUCCCGAACUGCAUGAAACGCUCCUGCAGACGAGCGAGGUACUUCGCGACAUGAUCUCGUGCGCCGCCAUCCAGAAGCUGGAGAGGUACGGCUACCUCGGCCUGAAGCGACACAGCACCGAAGACUUCGUCGCCACCUCCAUCAAGGAUACGAAGCGCGUCAACGUGUAUGCCUUGACGCUGCUGGAGACGUGGAAGCAAGCCGUGCAGGCCGUCCGUGGUCACGGUGGUAUCAGCAGUAUCAGCGACAACGACGCCAGCGAUGGUGUGAAGCGCGCAGGUUUGAACGCUUCUUGUGGUGAUGAGGACGCGCAGCGGGGGUGGAACGGGUGCACGACGACGGCCGCACCUGCGCGUUUUACGGAUGCGCUCGUCUACGCCAUGAGCUUCGCCGUUGCCCUCACCACCCAGCACGUGUUGGAGGUAACCGCAGCCGCAGCGACCAGCGCAGCGAGCCCCUCAGCGCUCUUCCCAGAUGACUACGCAGCAGCCCUUCAGCUGUUGACGACGCUGAAAGAGAUGACGCUCGCAAUUGGCAGCGGACGUGCACUGCGCUGCAACGCGUCGUCCAAUGAUUUUACCAAGGCAACAGCACAUCUCCUGACGAACGUGCUGGACCUUGUGCUCGUCCUCUUCGCGACGCACCCGCAAAGCGCCGUGAAAUGGAAGGAGGACAGCGCUUUCCUUCACGAGCAGAUGCUGGCACAGGGCCUGGUGCUGACAGCAUCAGCGGCGCAGGUGUUGCGCCGUGUGCAGGCGAGCUACCCCGUUGCCGAUCUGUACAGCACGCGUCCCUGUGCCGCCCUACUGAAGCAAGUGGCGAACAAGUACAAGCAACAGCAGAAGAACAAGCCGCCCAGCGCGUUGCAGACUACCAGUGUGACGUCGGAUGAAGAAUCAGGUGAGCAGCAGCAGCAGCAGCAGCAGCAAUCGCUGUUGGCGCUGCUGCGGCGCUACGUACGUGUCUCCACGCACGCCUCCACCUCCGCCUCGGCAGCAAAUUUGUUCUCCGCCUUUUCUCUCUUUCAGCGUCUCAGCAUGCUGCACGGUGCCCUGACAUCUGUGAGAGCCGCUGCCGCCGCCGCCGCGUCUCGCGCGAGCGCCUUUCCGGAGGCCAUCUGCCGUGCCAGCGAUGAGGUGCAGCACUGGCUGAGUCGGCUGCUCUCCAGCACCGCGUGCAAUCGGGCAACGCGUUACGUCGUGUACUUCCGCGAAGACGAGCUGCGGCUCAUGCAACACAACAUCCGUCAGGCCUCCGAGUACGCUCUCUAUACCUUCACGACGACCCCGCCGGUGGACCCUGACUUGGUGGAGUCCCUCCUAGAAGUAGAGGGCGUCUCACCCAACCAAAAGAACAGUGGUAAUACUAAUGACAGCCAUGCACGAUCGAACAACGGUAGCGUCGAUGCCGUCACGCACGCGCGAGCCGCGCUGGUGCUGGCGCAGUGGUGCGUGAGCGCGCCCUUCUUCUUCGAGAGCUUCUGCCACGACGACGCCUGGGCCUCCUUUUCACAGGAGCAGCGACGUCUCGUCCUGCUGCAACAGUCCCGUGCCCGGCGUGGGUUGGGAAAGACAUCCAGGUCAAAGAAAGACAGCCGAAGCAGCGCCAGAACCGAACUCGAGGCGGAAGGCGUGAAGGGCAGUCGCUCCUCUUCGGUGUCCUCGCGGUCGAGUGACACCGACUCGAUCAGCAGCAACGCGAGCCGCCACGGAAACAGUGUCACCAACGCCGGCGCGGCGGCAGCGGCGACGUCUCUGCCUUCUCACAUGGCGGACCACGCAGGGACAGACAGCGUCGCUGGGAGCGUCACUUCGUUGGCUUCUCGGGUUUCCCUGCUGUCGACCUUUUCGAAGCAUUCCGCGGCGUCGUACCUCUCUUUCCUCUCCGUCCUGCGACCGUCGACGACGAGCUUGGGAACCGGCGGGGAGGCCUCCGGACGGAGCGGGGGAGCGGACGAGGGUGGUGAUGCCGGUGGGCCUCUCGCGCCGGGGGAACGGCAGCUGCACGAGUCCGAAGACGGCAACACAAAUCUGCCGCUGAUUCUGCUUGAGCAGCUGACGCUUGGCCUGCACCGGUUCAUGGAGACGUACCCGGUGGAGUUGCUGGACGCCUACGGUCUCCGCGGCAUUUCGUGGAGCUGCAUCGCUCGCAUGUUUGCCGUGGUGAAGGCAUCGCUGAUGAGCACGUCGGCCGCCAAGGCGAAGACGAAUCGGAACGCGGCAGUGGCGGCGUCGGCGGUUGACGCCACCGGAAAGCUCGCCGCGGUGGCGCCCCUGUUCAGCCUGCCGCAGGAUCUUCGCUACAACAAAGGAAUGGGCUACGAGUGCCUUGGCCUGCUCUUCGCUAAAGUCGUGGCGCCGCUGCUGGAUGUGCACCGUGGAUCGCAGACACAGGAACAGGUACAGCAGCACCGGCCGUCACACAUGCGGGGCGGCGGCAACAGUGACCACCACGUCAAAGCCAACAGCAACGGCAGAGCAGAAGAAGAUGAUGACGUGGACAGCCGCGAUGGGGCAUCUAGUGACGCAGCAGUAGCGCCGAUGCGCAGCGUGGAUGGGGCGAGCACCGAAGAAGAUUUUUUCGUCAACGCCGCCGCCGCCGCCUCGGCAACGGUGGGUCGUGCCAACCUGUCCCCAUCCGACAACGCCGCCACGCGUCAGCAGGUGGAAGAGGCGCUGUCGACGUGUCUCACCGCGUACGAGACGGUCGCGCCGCAGGUGGUGGACAUGAACCUCGCCACCGUCCUCCGCCUUGUCGCACGCACCGCCUCCGCGGCCACCUCCCAGCAUCAAACGCACAACGCCGCGGACGGAAGCGAGGAGAAGAGCAGCGUGUCGUGGGCAGAGGCACUCCUUCGGUUUCUGCAGGAUGUCACGCGCCGAGUGGGUCGCAGCAACGAGCUACCGCACUUCGUAGACGCCCUCCUCGGACGUGGUGCAGCAGCAGCAUCCACCAGCAGUAAUCCAUCACACGAAGAGGGUCAAGAUACCGCCGUGUCGGAAGCAGAGGAACAGUUAAACCUGGUGGCGCUGCGGGGCGUGUUUCGCCGUAGUCGUGUGCGCAGCGCACUGGCCGACGCCGCCGGUACCUCGCUCGACCCGGAGAGCCUGCUGCUGCACCUCACUAGCAUUGCCUCGUCGCUGGAGGAGGACGGGGCAGACGAGCGGGCGGCGAGUCACACCAGCAUCGACGACGAGGCUAUAUCAGAUGAAGAAGCGAAGAGACAUGCGCAGCGGCACGGCACAGCUUCCGCCCACGCGGCAGCGCGGAUGCAGCGCACGCUUCUAACGCUGGAGGUGAUGGAGGCGGUGCUGGAAGGGGUUGUGCCGACCUCCGUCUCCGCCAGCGCCGUGCUAGAGCAGACAACGCAGCUGGAGCUGCUGCUGACCUCUUCGUUCAUGAAGCGCGUGGAGGCUGCCCAGCAACAGCAGCAGCAACAACAACAGCAGAGGGCAGUCGUGCUGCAGCAUGUGUGCACCAUCCGUCAGUGUCGUGCGGUGACGGCGCUGUGCUUGCACGACCUGGGAAGUCAGCAAAUCCACGAUUACCUCGUCAUGCUGGACGAGACGUUAUGGCAGCUGAGCACCGAUGUCGGCCAGCUCAUUGGCACCCUGACGCUGACAGAUCUUCAGCCGUUGCUGGAGGAGAACGCGAUGGACGGUGUCCCGUCCUCCGCCGUCUCCCUGCUUCUGCCCUCUCUUGUCCAGCAGCGGCUCUCGUUGGCGCGUACCGUCACGGCCGCCCUUGGCACCUCCGCUGGUCCGGCGCAGCAGCUGCACGACAUGGUGGCCUAUAUGUGGGACUGCAUUCAAGGAAAAGACCACGCAGGCAGGCAACACCACCUCCAGCAUCGUCGUCCCCCGCAGCCGGAUGCGCGCGACUACGUGUCGCUACUCCUGGCGAGUCAGAUGAACGCAGAGGAUUGGGUGAGCUUGGUUGCUCUCGGGAAGGAGAAACAUGCUCGGGCGGCGAUGAUGGCGCUGUUGGCGCGGUCCUCCACGGUGCGCGUUGCAGUGUCCUCCUCGUCUGACGUAUGUGCGGUCACCGCCGCCAACGUCGUCCUUCCUGCUGCCGUCGGUACUGUGCUGUUCGACACCGCAUGGCUGUCGUGCUGUCUGCGCUGCAUUCCCGGCACCACGUUGCGUGCGCUGGUGGACGUGUACGUGACGCUUUCAGCCGAAGAGCUCUGCGAUGAAGUCCUCCAUUCCACCUCUCCCUCUUCGCCAUCUGUUGACUCCGCACUUGAGGCGGCGGCGGCGGCGGCCACCACCAGUCUCACGCAGCAGUGGUCGGCGCUGGUGACCUCGCUGAUCGGUGCCUAUGGGUCCGUCGGUCACAACCCGUACUGGCCCACGGUGCUGACGCACACGGUGCGUGCGAUCGCACACCUGGCACGCGCAUGGCGUAAGCUAAACAAGAGCAGCAGUGUUGCCGCCGAUGCGGCAGUGGAUGCCGGAGCAGCGGCGUCAUCGCUGUCCAUGAAAGCAGUGGCCCACUUUACGCAACUCGCGGAGCAGCUGCUGGGCCUCGUGCUGUGCGUCGUGCGCAGUGAGCCGCGGGCAGCCGAGGUGCUGCGGAAGGCGCUCGUCGCACGGAUGCGUGCGUCAGCGACCACGACCACCACCACUGCCACGCCGCCCCAGCUGUCGCGCAGCGGGAUGUCGGUGGCGUACGUGGAGUCCAUCAAGGUACCGGCGACAGUGUUGAGCGACCUUGGCGCGCCAGCAUCUCUCGCAGAGGCAGACGCGGACGCCGUCGCCGCACAAGUCGCCGCGUUGAAGGAUCUCUCCUUCGAGGAGGAGCUGCGGGAGCUGUGCGAACUGCUCUUUCACGCCCGCUUCGUGAAGCACCUCUUUUUUCUGGAGGACCUUCUGCAGCAGGAGAGUGCGGCAGCUGGGGGUGUGUGCAUGGGUGCGAUGGCGUUCCUCUAUCAAGUCAGCCUUAGCGCGGCGCAGGCUGCGUGGCGAGCACGCGCGACGGGCGGCAGCCUCCAGGCACUGCGCGACAGCCAGGCGGUGACCUUUGUGGUCGAGGUAGCACACGCCUUCCACGCACGUGCGCGUUCUGCCUUGGCGGAACUGAUGGACAGCAAUAGCAGCAACACCAGCAACAACGCGGCAGCGCUCAUGGCGUUUCUGGAGCCCUUCCAUGCCGACGAGGACCAAUACUUGUUUCUGCAUAUCGCCUCCCAGCGCAGCGGCGCCGCAGAAGCAGCGUCAACCGAGAGCGGGGCUCUGGACGAGGCGGCGAAGUGCUGGCGCCGCAUCUUCUGUCUGUGGGCAACGUCAACCGUCACGCUGAUGGUGCGGAUGACGACCAGCGGCGUCGCCUCGGCAACGUCUGCAACCGCGGCGGAUCACGCGGCCUCCACAAACACCUGUGAGGUUUUCCGGGUGCUCUUCGCGCGGCUCCUGGCGAGCGCGCAGCACACACGACGUACAUCGUCCAAAGGGGGCGGUCCUCGCACGCAUGGGAGCGGCAAUGGAGCGGGGAAGCGUAGCCGUCAUGACGGAGCAAAGUGCACGUCAGCCGAGCACACCGCGCAGCCGCAGCAGCCGAUGGCUCACGCUCCCGCCACCGCCACGAAGCCCGCACCGAACGAAGCUGCAGCCGUGACGAGUCCUGGCGGGGCGUUGACGGAGCUGCUGCGCGCGGCGUUCUUUGACGCGCCCGGCAGCCCGUCGAUCAACGACGACGAUGACGACGCAGCAGCUCACCAAUUUCGCGAAACGCUUUCGCACUUCUUUUGCUUGACACCAAGCUGCAGCACCUCCACCGAUGCAGCAUCAUCCACAACGGUAGAAGGUCCGACGACCGAUCUCUCGCGGGAUCGAGUCUGCCAAGGUGAUGAAAGCAGCCUCUGUGCGUGGUGGCUGCUGUGGAAACUGUUCACGACCUUUGCCACGCACAAUGACGUCCUCGUCGUGCACAACCGCGUGCGGACACUCCUGGCGACUGAGAACACGGCGAGCAGCACCACCACCGACGACAACGCUGUCGCCCUCCGCGCCUGUUCGCGGGUGCUGUGCGUGUUACCAGCGGACACCGUGCCGCUGCUUUUCUUUGAUCACCUCCACAACGUGCUACUUCGUGUCAUUCCGGCCGCCACCGCAGGGCCGUCGAGAGCGCCGGCUGACUUCUCUGGCUCAGUCAUCGCCGCUGCGGAGCUGCUGCUUCAGCUCUUCCGUGUCCGCCCUCGUCUGCCGGCGUGGAGGCUGCUGCCGCACGCGCAGCGGCUGCUUGUCUGGCUUACCCACCCCCGUUCACGUACUGCGGUGGCGGCUUUGAAUCUUGGUGAGAGGAUGAGCAUGAAGAGCAGCAGUAGCGGUGUUAACGGACCGUCGUUGUGUUUGCUUGGCAUUCGGCUGUGCUCCGCGGUGGCUGCACACCCACUCAUAGCCUCCAGCAGUGUCCCUUCACCAUCUUCGAGUUCUUUCGAGUUCAUGAUGGGGUACCAAAGUCCGGCGUCCGCAACGAGCAGUCACUCCGCGCGUCGCCCAGGCGUGGUGGCGAGUGAGCUGAUGGACAACGCGUGGCUGCUGCUGCUCUCCCUCCUCCAAGGCGGCACCCGAACAGCACCUCCGUCCGUCGCUACCGCCACCACCACCACGUCGACGAUCUUCCAGGAACGCGCAGCUGCGGUGGAGUUGCAGGAGUCGGAGAUACUCCACGUGAUCGUGCUGCUCACCAAAACGUGGCUGCGCGGUCGCCAUCAGCAGCUGCUCUGGUCGCGUCCAGCGAUGCUACCGCCCGUGAUGUGUGCGUUGUUUGACUGCGUCAUGCGUGGCGUGGCGUCAACGCGGUAUUCGCCCCGUGUGUUGAGCGUGCUGGCGGGGGGACUAGCGGCGAUGGCGGCGCACGUGGACGCUGCGACGGCUGCGGAGGGCGACGGCGCAGACCCUGAAAACGCAGACGCGGGCGACUUUGACGGUGUAACAGGCGGAGGAGACGUGCGUGAGGAUGACGGCGUCGUAGGGACGAAGCAGCAGCAGCAGUCGAGCUCGACGGACGACAGCACCGUCGCCGCACCGCUGCGCAAGCGCCAGAAAGCGGAGACAACAGCAGCCAGCCCGCACACGUCGCACGGGGCCCCGCCAGCGUCAGCGCGGAUGAAGCGCAUGGCCCUGACAGCCACCACAACCGCCCUCUUCGAGGUCGCCAAGCACUACGUCCACGUCUUCACCACCUUCAGCAGCGACAUGGACUUUCUUUUCACAGACCUCCUGCGUGUGCUGAGCCAGCACUUCCUACCCAAGGUGACACGACCGCCCAUCCCCUACCACGCCGGCGUGCGCAUUGGCGGCUCGACGCAGUCUGAGGUGACGUUUGCAGACCUGGCCUAUCUGUGUGUCGGCAACGCGGAGAGUAAGUCGCUGCUGAAGCAGGCGGCGCUGCGCAUGGAGGAAGAGGAGGAAAGCGGCGGUGCGGCCGGCGCGCCGGGCUUGACAGAGGGAAGUCGCAGCAUCUUUCACGUCGUGUGA